UGGUCCUAGUUUACGAUUUUGUGCUAACUCCGGAAACUGCUAGCUUAGCUUUUUGGCUGUUUAAUAAAUAUGUUAAGCGUAUACGUGUUGUAUUUGCGGGUUUGUUUAUUUUAUCGCGAAAAGUUCUGAACGUAAUUGGAUGCUGUUAACAGGUUAAUACUGAGAGGAUUUGGGUUGAGUUAGUUGUAGACAGCUGGCUAACGAUCAGAAGUCGCUGGGUGUUGUGAUGGUUAGCGUUAGCUGUUAGCUAGCUCAGUUAUCACACGGCGUUUAAACGGAGGAAACCGAGGUACCUGAUGGAUAUUUUUAUCGUAUUUUAUGUUUUAACCAGCUUGGCUUGAGAGUGUUGAGUGUAGCGAGUGUAAUAUUGCCUGGGUUGUUGAUUUAGUUAACGUGAAUUCGUCACUAUAUUUAUUUAAUGUGUUGGUUUAUUCAGAGUGGAGCACAGCUAUGGAUCCAGUCGAGCACAUGCGGAUGUUUCCCAUGAGCCUGUGAGCUCAGACUGACUUUUUAAUGGGAUUCGAGCCGCGUCUCUGCCAGAUUUGUGGGCGAUAUUCGCGCAGACGGAAGAAGAACCGGCGGCCCGAAUGGAGUCAUUGGCAGGCUACGUUUAUAAAGCGGCCAGUGAAGGCAGAGUCCUGACCCUCGCUGCUCUUUUACUCAACCAUUCUGCCUCUGAGACCCGGUACCUGUUAGACUAUACGACACAGUUGGCUGGCCAACGCUCAACUCCUCUCAUCAUAGCAGCAAGAAACGGCCAUGACAAAGUGGUCCGUCUGCUUCUGGACCACUACCGAGUGGACACUGAGCAGACCGGGACAGUCAGGUUUGACGGGUACGUCAUCGACGGAGCCACGGCUCUUUGGUGCGCAGCGGGUGCAGGACACUUUGAGGUCGUGCGGCUUCUCGUGUCUCACAAUGCCAACGUGAACCACACCACCCUGACCAACUCGACCCCUCUCAGGGCAGCCUGCUUCGAUGGACGGCUGGACAUUGUGCACUACCUGGUGGAGCAUAACGCUGACAUCAGCAUCGCCAACAAGUACGACAAUACCUGUCUGAUGAUAGCUGCUUAUAAGGGACACACAGACGUGGUGCGCUUCUUACUAGAGCAGAGCGCCAACCCAAAUGCCAAAGCCCACUGUGGUGCCACGGCACUGCACUUCGCCGCCGAAGCUGGCCAUCUGGAAAUUGUGAAGGAACUGGUGCGAUGUCAGGCAGCGAUGGUGGUGAACGGCCACGGCAUGACACCACUCAAAGUGGCGGCAGAAAGCUGCAAGGCAGACGUUGUUGAGCUGCUUCUCUCCCACGCUGACUGCGACCCUCAUAGCCGUAUCGAAGCUUUAGAGCUGCUUGGAGCUUCGUUUGCUAACGACCGUGAGAAUUACGACAUCCUCAAGACAUACCAUUACUUGUAUCUGGCCAUGCUGGAGCGCUACCGAGACCCUGAGAGGAUCAUCGCCAAAGAGCUCCCGCCGCCCGUGGAAGCUUACGGUGGUCGGAUGGAGUGUAGGACCCCGCAGGAUCUGGAGGCGAUCAGGCAGGACCGUGACGCACUGCACAUGGAAGGUCUGAUGGUUCGUGAGCGCAUUCUGGGAACGGACAAUGUAGAUGUUUCCCAUCCCAUCAUAUACCGUGGUGCCGUCUACGCUGACAACAUGGAGUUUGAGCAGUGCAUUAAGCUGUGGCUACAUGCCUUGCACCUGCGCCAACGAAGCAACCGGAACACACACAAGGACCUCUUGCGUUUUGCACAAGUUUUUUCACAGAUGGUGCACCUGAAGGAGCCAGUUCAGGCACCUGACGUUGAGCAGGUGUUGUGCUGCAGUGUUUUGGAGAUCCGGCGCAGCAUGGCGCGAUUGGAAACCGCUUCUGAGGCUGAGCGUCCAGUCUGCACCGACAACUACGAGUCAAACAUUUUUACAUUUCUCUACCUGGUGUGCAUCUCUACCAAGACGCAGUGCGAUGACGAGGACCGUGCACGCAUCAACAAGCAGAUUUAUGACCUAAUCCGGCUCGACCCGCGCACCCGAGAAGGCUCGUCGCUGCUCCACCUGGCCGCCAGCUCCAGCACUCCAGUGGAUGAUUUCCACACAAAUGAUGUGUGCAGCUUCCCCAACGCGCAAGUCACCAAAAUACUACUGGACUGUGGGGCACAAGUGAACUGCGUUGAUAAUGAAGGAAACAGCCCUUUGCACCUCAUAGUGCAGUACAAUCGGCCCAUCAGUGACUUCCUUACCCUGCAUGCCAUCAUCAUUAGUCUGGUGGAAGCCGGAGCUCACACUGACAUGACCAACAAGCAGAAGAAGACCCCGUUGGAGAAGAGCACCACAGGAGUCUCGGAGAUCCUCCUGAAAACGCAGAUGAAAAUGAGUCUAAAGUGCCUGGCUGCUCGGGCUGUCCGACAGCAUCACAUCCUCUACCGAGAUCAGAUUCCUAAAAGCCUGGAGGAGUUUGUUGAGUUUCACUAAUCGAGAUAUUUCUUUCAGUUUCUAAAAUUUUUAUUAGCUGAUCUGAUGGUGCUGGGAAUUCUUGAUUUUUUUUUUUUUUAAACACUUUUCCCCUUUGUUAAAAGUGCUAGUCCCAUGGAGCUGAAAAUGGCUUUUACAUUCUUAUGUAUCUGAUGGACAAAUUUGUCUGGACUGAGGCAAGAUUUUUCCUGAAUUCCUCCUCCUCCUCCUCCUCCUCCUCCAAAAAAAAAAAGAUUACACAUGACAUACUCACGCAAUGCACAUUUUCUAGGCUGGUAAUCGUUUACACUCACUUCAUACAAAGUAAUUGGAUGUGAAAAAUGGUCUUGAAAUAAUCCAUCAGUGCUUUUUGGGAUAAGAAACUGAACUGAACAAUCCCCUGAGAGAACAGCUUUUUACUGACUGCACUUUGCUGAAGAAGAUUUAGUUUUGUUUUAUUAACAUAUUUUAUUAAAAAUUAUUUAAAUCAUUAUCAGAAGAUCUAUUUUCUAAGGAAUCUUUAGCAGAGGAAUGAUGUACUAAAAUCUAAACCUUCUUUACCAGGCUGGAUACACACUUUUUAUAAAUAAAUACACUAAGCCAUGCCUGUGACAGGUUUUUUGUUUUAAAUUUUAUUUCUUUGAUUCUUCAACUUUUCCCAUUACGCCACUGUAAAGUCAUUUGAAUCUACAUGGCCUUGUGCUGCUGUGCCUUUUGUGGCCUUAUUCUGGAUGGUGCUCGGAUCUUUCUAUUAAAGUCUGAGAAAGCAACAGCACGUUACAUGUGGCUCUCUGUGCCAGGAAGAGGCAAGUCUGCAGACCUGACUUCUUUGUUGUCUGUCUUUGAGAACUGGUGAUUGUUAUGAGGUUGUACUUUUAUUUUUAAUCUCAUGAACCAAUAUUAAGCCAACAUUAAAUGUAUUGCCAUCUCUGCUUUA